AUGGUUGGCUGGGGGGAAGGUACACAUAUAAGCGAGGGGGUCUGAUCUGGAAAGGUAAGCGAGGAGCUUCGGCGCCGAAAACAAAUCCCAUGGCGAUGGGGAUAAUGCUGCUGCCCCCUCCGGAAGCCUACCCCAGCUCAACCGAGCCAACCCCAUCGCGCCGGAGGAGGUGACCUGCUGGCGUACCGGCCGAGACAGAAACGCUGGGCUGGGCUGGAUGGGCACACCUCCCUCGCUAGAUUCUUUGGGUUCAGUGCCCCAAGCACGGCAUCCGCCAGAUCCUGAGCAGCUCCCGACUCCCGCGGGGGCUUGUGCUGGCCGACCUGAGCUCCCCGACCUCCCUGGCCUGGCCUUUCCAGCAGGCUACCGCACCGCUAAGCUGCCUAUUGAGAUGGAUAUUUUGGUCAGCAUUAGGCAGAUCCACCCUCGAAUCACCUCCCUUGGCAUCCCAGAAUUUGCUGGCGCCGAUCAGUCCCAGCCGGCGAUGGUCUCCAAGGGCGGAUUGUACAUCGCCCUACGUAGGUAG